AUGUCUUACAGAUUUUAUUUUUGUAAGACAUUUUCCAUUCCUUCACCCUCAUCACAGAGUAGUCCUUCUCAUUUCCUCUCCGUCCAUCAACGUCAGCCUCUCCUCCUCAUCUUGGGUGUGCUUCUUCUUCUUAGGUGUGCUUGUUAUCAACAGGUUCUUGUUAAUUUCUCUGUUAUUUUUGCUCCUCAUUUCUCUGUUGUUUUUGCUCCUUUUUCACGAUACUUGAGCUUUGUGAAGGGUGUUGUGGACUCAGAUGAUCUUCCCCUAAAUGUUUUUCGAGAGAUCCUUCAAGAGAGUCGAAUUGUGAGAAUCCUGAGAAAGAGGCUUGUUAGGAAAAUAUUUGACAUGAUUCAAGAGAUUUCUAAAAGUAAAAAUAAUGAGGAUUACAAAAAAUUAUGGGAGAACUUUGGUAGGUUUCUAAAGUUGGGCUGCAUUGAAGACUCUGGUAAUCACAAGCGUAUAGCUCCUUUGCUUAGGUUUUACACAUCAAAAAGUAAAGAGGAAUUGACAAGUUUGGAUACCUAUGUUGAAAAUAUGAGUGAGAAUCAAAAGGCAAUUUAUUACUUAGCAACUGACAGCUUAAAAAGUGCCAAGACUGCUCUAUUCUUGGAGAAAUUGGUUCAAAAAGACAUUGAGGUUCUCUAUUUAAUAAAACCUAUCGAUGAGGUUGCCAUCCAAAAUCUACAGACCUACAAAGAAAAGAAAUUUGUUGAUAUUAUCAAGGAAGAUUUAGAACUUGGUGAUGAAGAUGAGGUAAAAGAGAGGGAAACUAAACAAGAAUACAAUAUUCUCUGUGAUUGGGUAAAGCAACAACUUGGAGACAAAGUAGCCAAAGUCCAAAUUUUGAAGCAUCUAUCGUCUUCACCUUGUGUGCUUGUUUCUGGCAAGUUUGGAUGGUCAGCCAACAUGGAAAGGUUGAUGAAAGCACAAGCCCUUGGAGAUACUGCAAGUUUGGAGUUCAUGAGGGGAAGGAGGAUACUAGAGAUUAAUCUAGAUCAUCCAAUUAUCAAGGACUUGAAUGUUUCAUUUUCUCAACACUCAAGUUGUGAUCAAGGGUCAUCUUCUCAGCCUUCUCAGCAAGCAUCUAUUCCUAUUCUUGUUUCUCAACCUCAAGGCUCUAUUUCUUCUAAAACAACUCAUCCCUUAUCUACUCGUGACACUUCUUUACUAUCAUCUACAAAGAAUGAGCCUUAUGUGGAACUUGAUAUUGAUUGUUCCAGAAUUGAAUCUCUUAGGCAAGUCGAUAUCAACAAUGCUUUUCUAAAUGGUGAUCUUCAUGAAGAAAUCUAUAUAAGUCAACCUCCCAAUUUUGAGACUCAUGAUGAUAGUCAAUCUUUGGUUUUCAAGUUAAAGAAGGCUCUAUAUGGCCUCAAACAGGCUCUUAUAGUUUGGUUUCACAAACUCAAAGAGUAUUUAAAAAACACUAGCUUUGUUCUCUCUAAAGCUGAUGUUUCAUUGUUUAUCAAAUUUUUUGGUGUAUUGAUCUUGUAUGUACUUGUGUAUGUGGAUGGCAUCAUUGUCAUUAGAAAUCAAUCAGCUAAAGUGGAUGUUUUUGUUAAGUCCUUGGAUUAG